GACCAACACCUGGCCUGUCCAUCUCAUUUUGGUCUCUACUCUCUAUACCUUCGCAAGGAAGCAAACUCGAACAACCCAGAAGGCAAUAAGAAGCUCUCGGCUCCCUUUAUUCCUUCUACUGUCUUCGACAAAAACAAUCGAUUCUACCAUUGUUCCCCUCAGACUAGAAAAUUUUGAGAAUAGAAUUUGUUAAAUUUUGUGAUCUGCAAGUGGCUUUCUACAAGGGUGUUGGGAAAUUUGGAAAAACUGGUGAAGUAAGGGAGGAUAGGUGAAGAGAUCUGCUUGAGACUCUAGCAACCCAGCUGCUGGAUUGAGGGAAUUUGAGGUUGUGAAAAAGUUACAUUUCUACUGUUGGCAAAAAUGUCAGAGGUGGAAAACAAAUCCGAAUCCAUUAGUGGAGAAGAAAGGGUCAAAAAGGAAGAAUUCCAUGUUGAAGUGAAGACCAAGGAUACUAAACCAAAUGAUGUGGUGGAAGAGAAGAUGGAACUUGAAUUGAAGACCAAAUCAGUCGAGAAAGAAAAGCCAAAACGUAAGGAAGACCAGAAGAAGAAACAUAAGGAGGGAGAUGAAGAGAAAUCUAAGAAAAAGGAUAAAGAGUCAAAAGAGAGUGUGAAGGAGAAAGAGAAAGAGAAGAAAAAGCAUGAAGAUGGAGAGCAGAAGCAGGGAGAGAAACAUGAACAUGAAAAGAAGAAGAAAAAGAAGGAAAAAGAGCGUGACACCAUUACAGAUGAAGAGCAAAAGGAGGAUGAAGAAGCUGGAGAGAGUCUGAGAAAAGAAGGGAAAACAAAAGAGAAGAAAGAUAAGAAAGACAUUGAAAAAGAAGAGAAGAGGAAAGGGAAAAUAGAUGAUAAAGAAAAGGAAAAAGAAGAGAUGAAGAAGAAGAAAAAUGAUGGGGGUUCAGGGGAUAAAGAAGAGGACAGAGAAGGGAGAAAAUCAGAUAAAAAGAAAAAAGAUAAGGAGGAGAAGAAGAAGAAGCACAAAGAUGAAGACACGGAGGUGGAAAAAGAGACCGAGGAAGACAAAGAUAAAAUAUUGAGUGUGAAGGAAGAGGAUAAACACACAGGGAAAGUGGUGGAUGAGAAGCAUAAGGAGAAGGUAGACAAUGAGAAAGAUGACAUGAAGAAGAAAGAUAAAAAAGAGAAGAAUGAUAAAGAAAAGAAGGUAAAAUUCAAGGAUGAAAUUAAGAACGGGAAGGACAAGGAAAAAGAAGAUGAUGAUGAGGAGGAAGAAGAGAAAAAGACAAAGAAGGAGAAGAAAGAGAAAAAGCACAAGGGUGAAGCAGACGAGGGAAAAGAAGAUAAAGAUGAAGAUGAGGAGAAAGAAGAGAAGAAGAAGAAAAAGAAGGAUAAGGAUAAGAAGCAUAAGGAUGAAGUGGAUGAGGGAACAGAGGAUGGAAAUGAUGAGAAAGAAGGGAAGAAGAAAAACAAGGAUGAAACAGAUGGGGGGAAAUGCAAACCUGAAGUUAUCUCCAGGGAUAUUGAAAUUGAAGAAAAUAUUAAAGAAUCAGAGGGGGGAAAAGGGAAAGAGGAUGAGAAAGAUGGGGUGAAGGAAUGCAAAGAGAAAAAAAGCGAAAAGAAGGAAAAAGGUGAGAAGAAAAGAAAACUUGAUGGGAAGGACAAGAAAAAGGGCAAGGAUCUUGUCAAGCUAAAGCAGAAGUUAGAGCAGAUUAAUGGAAAAAUAGAAGCCCUAUUAGAGAAGAAGGCAGACAUUUUACAACAGAUGAAAGAAGCUGAACAAGUUGAAGAUGGGAAUCCUGUUGCUACUGAGAAGCCCACAAAUGUGGCAGAGGCCACAACCAAUCCUUAGAAUGGCACUAUCUACAACAUGCUUUGCCCUAUAACUUUUCAAAUUAUGUAAUAUAUGUUAAGCCAUAAAUCUUUUAAUUUUGUGUGAAUAAAAUGUGAUAAUUUUCAAUGUUUCAACACAGGUCUGGUUUUAAACACUUGUAAGUAAAAUUUUCUGCUAUGUAAUAAGUUCUUAUUAUGGUCA